AUGGAUAUCGAAGAGCCGACCGUGUUACGGAAGGACCAGCUGGAGAUCAGCUUGGUCAAUGAGAAGAAGUUGAUUAAGGAGGGCACUAUCAAGGAUGAUAACCCUUUAGACCUCAGUGAGCCGUUCCGUCAGCUUUGCGGUGCAUGUCGCCAGGGCGAUCUGAAAGUUUGCCAGGAGAAAAUCACCGACGGCGUGAAUGUCAAUGCCCGUGAUCCUUAUGAUUACACGCCAUUGAUCCUGGCGAGUCUGUGUGGCCAUUAUGAAGUCGUGCAGCUACUGCUCGAGUCCGGAGCACUGUGUGAACGAGACACAUUCCAAGGCGAAAGAUGUCUAUACAAUGCUCUAAAUGACCGAAUCCGAAACCUGCUCCUCGAGUACGACUACUCCAAAUCCACGGAUCCCCUGCAACCACUGGCCGCGCAUAUAACUUCGCUUCUGACACGAGAGUCGCCGGUGACAAGCGAUAUCGUGGUGACCGCCUCCGAUCAAUCCCUCCAUCUGCACAAAUUCGUUCUCGCAGCGCGUUCCCCAUACUUCCAUGGCAAACUGGCUGCGGCCCCAGAAUCAACAACAUGGAAGCUCCCCAGUACAAUCCCUCCGGAAGCAUUUGGUGCUGCGAUCAAAUACUUGUAUUUUGGAGAAGCUCCUCGGGACUUGCGGAGUGGACCUGGAACCGGCUUCACCGAAUCUGAAGUGUUCGCCGGAGUGGAUAGAGUCUCCAAGUACCUGGAAAUCCACAGUCUCUUGGAUAGUAUCCUCGACAGUGGAGACAGGAGACGUGCCCGGCAACGGAGAACCGAUGAAAUCUCCAAGGGUCGGGACCAAAUGGAACAAUGGUUCCAGGCGAACGUGCUUGGGAACAAGAUGGAGGUGGAGACUUCCAUGGUGAACGAUGUAAAAUGGGAUCACAAUAACGCUAUCUUUGCCGAUGUUCUUCUUAGGGCGGAUGAGCUCCCCGAAGAAGAGGAAGAUGAAAUCGAAAGACAGGCCAGCAAUGGAACAGCUAGCUUGAUCCCUGUUGGCCCUACGGCUUCCACGGAUGAGAAGAAGAAGACUGAAGGGCCAAAGUCAAUUUUGUUCCCAUGUCAUCGAGCAAUGCUUCUGCGAUCUGAGUUCUUCCAGGCCAUGUUCACGUCUGCGUUCCGCGAAGCACACCUCAAAGAGCAUCUGACAAUUAUUGAUAUUGACUGUUCGCCCGAGGUGUUGGAGAUUAUCCUCACAUUCUUGUAUACAGAAAGAGCCGAUUUCCCCUUGGAAAUCGCCGUCGAUGUCCUCUUCGCAGCAGACAUGCUCUUCAUUGAAAAGCUAAAGACCAAAGCUGCCGUGGUCAUCAGCACCCUGGGCAGUGCUGGAAUGUCGCAGGCGGAAGCUGCAAAGACUCGUGGAACAACGGACGAGGACGACAUUGAUAUCUACUCGAUUGUCCGAGCAGCAUGGUUAACGCGUGUGCAGCGAUUGGAAGAAUUCGCUGCUCGAUACCUAGCGUAUCGACUAGAAGCGCACAUCGAUUCUCCUGAAUUCGCUGAAUUGAUCCAGGAAUCCGCAUCUCGCAUCAAGGCGCGACAGGAAACCGAUUCUAUUGAAAUGCUCGAUGACAUUCGUUUCUAUCUUGGAGAACGGUUCAGAUUGAGGUUCGACGACGCGGGUCUUGAAGAGAUGAUGGACGAGGAAGUGCCGCCGGAGGUUGAGGAGGAUAUCACGAAGCUUGCAGCGGGCAUUGAGGCACUCGACGUUUCCAAGCAGUCUGCUCCGGCUGUCGCCAAACACAUCCAGCAGCAGGAGAACGUCCCGGGACUUCGAACUCUCGAUGAGGAGAGGCCAAAAGGUUCGGCGUGA